GGCCUGUUCUCGGUCUUCAUCUCUCUUGACUGUAUAUACUACACAGCCCCAGGAAAAUGACGGUUAAUGGAGUAUAUGUGCUUGUGGUCAGUGUUCUGCUUUCUGUGAGCUCUUUAUGCAGCUCAGAAAAGACGACAAAGGUGUGUGUUAUUCCAGCAGAGAACGUCACAUGUAGCUGCCUGGUUUCCUGUCACACUUUCGACUACUAUGUAUCCCAUCCUGGAUCAGUACUGUACCAGAGCAAUUACCUUACUAUGGAGUUUCUACCAGGCACUCACGUAGUAAAGAAAUAUUUUUCCAGUUGGAAUCGUGUUGGAUUGUAUCUGGUUGGAAGAAGUGAUGUAACUGUUGAAAUUGAUACUGAUAUAACCUCCUGGUUCUCUUUGAGUGAGAGUUCAAAUAUAUCUUUCACUAACUUGAACUUUGAAUUGAUCAGUUCGAGAGGGACCUCACAAUCGCAUCACGAUUAUCAAUUGCAGUUUCGUGAACAAUACAGGGACUGCUCUCUACUUGGAAAAUAGCACUGUCAAUGCCAGUGGAUUCUUAACGUUUCUAAACAAUACUGCACAUAAUGGAGCUGCCAUUUUCAUUAGUGGUCCAAGCGUUAUUCAGGCCAAUUUUAACUCGGUUUUGCUAUUCAGGAAUAACCGAGCAAUUCAUAAUGGAGGUGCAAUAUACAUUGAUUAUGGUAAUAUAAACCAGGUCGUCUACACGUUGGAUAAUGGUUUUAUUCCAAAUGCUGAGCCGUGUUUUAUACUUCUAGAUAACAAUGAACCCACCACUUCACGGAAUUACAUACUAAAUUUUGAAGGUAAUGUUGCAAAUGAUGGAGGCAAUGAUAUAUUUGGUGGUAAUCUUGAUGUGACACGAUUUGAAGGUGAUGGUACCAAGUGCAUAGCGGCAAUCAAUAAAAUCUCCA